CCUCUGCUUCGACUGACACCUUUUUGGCCGGUUCACCUUGCCCGAAACCCCCCGUCUGUCUUUCCAGUGUCAUGCGUCCGCAUACCUAGUAUAACUAGGGCAUCCUCCCUCCCUGUUGCGAACCAGCUGUGGCAUUGUGUUUUUUCUUUUCUCCAUUCAUUUGGACUGCCCAAGAGUCAAAGUCAUUCGUUUUCUUUGCUCUUUGGCAUCGCCUUUUCUCUUAUUGCACAAUCGUUAAGCAGGGCUUCGACAUUCACUUCUCUUCGUACUCUACUCCACAUCAUCACUGCAGAUCAACAUGAAGGUUUCCGUUGCUCUCCUGUUUUCUGGGCUCGUUGCCCAGCAGGUUUCUGCCACCUGGAAUCGUCGCGCUGGCCGUUUCAAUACUCCUCAAUACAACAACAACGAAUGUACGAACAAACAAAAGGAGGGCUACAACUGGAUCGAUCUCCCCAGGGGUGACUUUUCCGGCUACGAGGACUUCAACUUCAAAGGUGGUUGGACUUGUGCAGAAAGGUUCGGCAAGCGAGAUUCGCUGACCAAACGAACCUUCAAUUCGAAAUGCAUCAAAAACAAAGUUCGCAAGGAGAAGCCAGCGGCCUUUGACUGCAAGAAGAAGGACGGCUUCUCCGUGACGGAGUUCCAGGUGUCUGUCGAAUUCGACACUGACCUUGAGUUUCAUUACAAGAUGCCCGACAACUCCAUCUGCAAACAGAUCGCUCCUUGCAAGAAAGAAGGGACCAUUGUCCGGAACACACAAUGUGGUGGCGCCCGAGAAGUGGAGGUGUAUCUGGGCCGCCACAAUCAGAAGGACCGCGAAGACUGCGAGAUUGGCUUCCACCAUAUUGGCUUCGAUUGCAGCCCUCCGUACGUUCCAUCGGAGCCCCCUGCGUCCUCUCCGCCUGCACAAACAUCUUCUCCGUUAUCUCGCCCUGAAACUUCAGCUGCGCCUCCUCCGGCCUCCGAGACGUCUGUCGUGACUUCUGAGACCCCGGCUCCAACCGAGACUCCCAGCCCACCUGUACAGACACCAAUCUACAGGAACAGCACGUUUACAACAAGGACUCCGGUUGAGACUCCUGUUCAGACUCCGGUUGAGAUUCCGGUUCAGACUCCGUCGCUGGGCAUUGGGACUACUGAGACCACCACCAAGACCCCUGAAGCUGUGAGCAGCACUACUUCAGAGUCUUCCUCUCUUGUGGCUCCCCCGUCUGUUUCGUCCUCACCGCCUGCGAACCCGGGAGUCACCCCGCCCGAGUGUCUUCCGAAAUGCAUGAACACCUGGUUGGAAAUCAACUCAAAGUGCAAGGACAACACGGACGCCAACUGUUAUUGCAAGAAUCCGGAAUUCACGAAGUCGGUCAUUGAGUGUGUGGCUGCCUGGGCAACCGACGCCGAAACCCAGCAGGCCCUUCAGUACCUCCUAGGCAUUUGCGCAUCUCAUGUCCCUGAGAACCCGGGCUUGAUCACUGACUGCCCUACGUACAUCCCACUGAACCCACCGACUCCGCCCGCGACGCCGGCCCCUAUCGGCAGUGCACCUCCAGUUCCCGUCACAACCAUCACUUAUGAUACCACGCUCACCAAGCCUUGUUCUUGCGCUGCAAGCACUGACGUUACCUCUACAAUCUCUACUACUGUCACGGUCCCUCAAGUUAUCUUCACGACGGAAACUCCGGCGCAGCCUCCUGCACCAGGCGUUACACCCCCCGAGGCGCCAGUGGCUCUUGUUCCGGGAACUCCACCCUCGGUCCCAGCCGUGACCACUCCGCCAGUGGCUCCUUUCCCUUCGAACAAUGUGCCCACUAGUUUGAGUACUAUCGCUGCCCCAAGCGCCAGUGCUAGCUUCAGCCCGCCUCUGGAGUUCCAGGGCGCCGCGUCUACAGUUCGCAUUGGCUUUGUUGGCACUGUCUUCGGCGCUGUCUUUGCCAUUAUCGCUUUGUAAAUGAUCGAAUAAUGUGUGAAUAUCUGGUUUCUGUAGAGUGUGUGUCCGUUAUGGCGUGGAUCGGUAAGAGUUGGGAAUAGUUUCCUUAGUAAUGGAUGAAGCUUUGGGCUUAGGCAUUGGGAGCCUGGUAAUAUGUCGUUGUUAUGCACAAGCACACGUUAAAUGAUUUCUGUAUUUCUGGCUUCAAUAUCAUCCAUAGUGCUUUGACCGUCUGUGAUUGGCUCAUCUUUCUUGAUCUGCGCUAACCCACUUUGGACCACUCACCGACGUCAUCCGAGUUUUGGAGGCGCGCGACAAAGAUUGUCGAUUGAUCAACAAGCACCACGCAUCAAAAACAACCCCCUCGCUUCGAGGCGAUCAGACCCAGGUUUCAACGCGGCGGCAGCGUUCCUUCGCAAUGUCGUUCGUUGUCGAGUGAGUAGACGCUUCUUUUCCUUUGUGUCACUGCACAGUGCGUUUUGAUUACAUGCAGCUUUCUAACAAUCGCUCUUAAACA